UAAAGGACUAUUAAAGACUGCAACUGACUCAAGGGAAGAGUAUAGUGUAGUGACUUAGGCCCUAGGGCCGCAGGCCUCGAGGGCAAGUGCACUGUGGAGAUGUAUACAAUGAGUCUUGGUGCAGUACUGUUGAUGCUGAUAGCUACUGGAGCAAUGGUCUCCGGACAAAUCCAGCCUAUAUAUGCUGACAAGGCUCUGGAUGACCUGUCUAGAGCCAACGAGAUGUUGAGGGUGGACAUUGAGAAGUGGGGGGCCUCUAAGGACAGAGAGAUGUGCUCGCUCAUGAAGCAUUUGGGAGACUCGCACAUCACCUAUCAUCAGAAGUGUCUAGAUGAAUGGGAGGUAGUACUGAAGCUCCUCAAAUCCCGGGCGUCCAACAGCCCACCCCCUGAGCUCAUCGACCAAUCAAACGCUGAGUCUGAAGUAGAACAUAGACCAGACCUCCUCCUCCCCGACAGUCUCCCAGGUAAAGACUCUCCGAGCGAACAACCAUCUGAAAAACUGGAAAAAUCAGAUUCUUUGGACGAUCUUUUUAACUAUGCCUAUUAUUUUUGUUACUGGGUAAGCUUAUUUCAGGAUGCAAAUAACUUUUUUUGAUUGUUCUCUCAGCGUGUAUGUAAUGAAGUGAAUUUGAAUAUU